GGUACUCUCUUUCUCUCUCUGUUUUCCUCUUUUGGAUCCCCAAAUCUAGGGUUCUUAUCUAUCCAUCAAAAUUAGCUUCUAAAUCCUUUGAAUCAAUCCUUAUUAAGGCUAAAACUUGAAGCUGUACUUUGCUUCGUUGAAUUUGCAAGAUGGAGAGCAUAAAUAGCUUUUGGCAGUUGGGUGAUGAUCUUCGAGGACAAUCAAAAGUCUCAGAGGAUCACAAAUGGUUGAUGGUUGCCUCUAAACUGGCUGAACAGACAAGGAUAAAGGGUGAACGCAUGAACAAUCUGGAUCUUUCGAAGGGUCCAGCUGAAAUAAGAACAAGGGAUAAAUUUGGGUUCCAGGAAGACAACAAAUUUGAGAACCUUAACUUCAACAUGUUGAACCUGGACUCCAAGAUUGGAGAUAAUGCAAGCAAAAGUUCCUUCCGAAACAGUAUUUACAAUAUGAAUGCCGUUUACCAGAAAAAUAACAGCAAUAGCCUUGGAAAUCUGGCGGGCAACAAAUAUAGUGGCAACAAUCAGAGCAACAAAGAUGUCAAUAAUAACAGCAACACCAACAAUAACAACAGCAAUGAGAACAGCAACGCGAACAAUGCGGUUGACAAAAGGUUCAAGACUUUGCCUGCAACAGAGACACUCCCAAGAAAUGAGGUGCUUGGAGGAUACAUCUUUGUUUGUAACAAUGAUACAAUGCAGGAAGAUUUAAAGCGCCAGCUAUUUGGUUUACCACCAAGAUACAGGGACUCUGUCCGGGCAAUCACACCUGGCUUACCUCUGUUUCUCUAUAACUACACUACGCAUCAGUUGCAUGGUAUUUUUGAGGCAGCAAGUUUUGGGGGUUCAAACAUUGAUCCAACUGCUUGGGAAGACAAAAAGUGUAAAGGCGAGUCAAGGUUUCCUGCUCAGGUGAGAAUCCGUAUUAGGAAACUCUGCAAGGCAUUGGAAGAGGAUGCUUUUAGGCCAGUCCUGCACCACUAUGAUGGUCCCAAGUUUCGUCUUGAGCUCUCAGUCCCUGAGACUUUGGAUCUAUUAGACCUUUGUGAACAAGCCGGCUCUCCAUAAGCAAACUGUUAGCUGAGUGCAAAUGUAGUAGGGUUUGUGGUGCAUGUUGGCUGCCUGUUUUGAAGAGAUUUACCAUAGAGCGCAAGCUGUGGGUGUAAGUCCAGUUGGUGAAUCAUCUUGAGAAAAAGCAGGAAAUGGCAUUAGCCAGCUGAAUAAAUGCAUUUUGUGUCUUGUGAAGAUGCUUUGUAAGCUUUUUGCGUUAUAUUCUAUGAAGUAAAAUCCUAUAGAUAGACUUGCAUGAUGUGAAAGAGAAUGGCAAGUACGUGUAAUGUUGAACUCCUCAAGAAAUGAAGGCUUUGAUGUCUAUUUUGUGCCUA